CCCAUCAGCUGAUCAAUGUUUAUGGGAAGCGUAGGAAAAAAUAUUGAAAUUGUGUUUAAAAAUACGUAAAAAAACAACAUAAUUAAUGGAAAAGUAUACUAAAAAUAUAGUUUUUAAUCCUCUGAUUAGCUGCAUCCAGAAGGUUGUUCUGUAUGAGACGCGUACGCGUCUCUAUUUGGUGGGCAGCAACAACCGGGAGACGAGAUUCCGUCUGCUCACUAUCGACCGACUGGCGCACAACCGCCUAAGCAUCGAGGAGAAUGCCAACGAGUUUAACAGCCAGGAGAUCAGGCGCUUUGUGGCCUCCCUCACCGGCUCACCAAAGGUGACGUCCGCCUAUGGUGUGCUCGGGUUCGUGCGCUUCUUGGAGGGCUACUACCUGCUGCUGGUGACCAAGCGAAAGUGCUGUGCCCACAUUGGCCGCCAUCUGGUUUACACCAUCAAGGAUACGGUGAUGGUGCGCGUAAACGAAGUGACCUCCCAACGGCCGCCGCAUCCCAACGAAGUUCGUUACAAGCGUAUGUUCCAGAACAUCGAUUUGCGCAGCAACUUUUACUUCUCGUACUCGUACGACCUGACGCGGACGCUGCAGUACAACGAGUCGGCGCCUCGUUUCGUUGGUGCAAAGGUGGACCUAGAUAGGGACGAGCCGCUGCCCGACUGGAACUCGUUGACCAACAACGUGGAGCAAACGCACGAGCGGGUGGACUAUGCAUUUCGCAGUGAUUCCCGCAAGCGGUUCGUGUGGAAUGCCUAUCUGUUGCAGCCGAUGGAGGGCAUCAUGCUGAAGGACUGGUUGCUGGAAGUAACCCACGGCUUCGUCAGCCAGUCGUGCAUUAGCAUCUUCGGACGACAUGUUAAUGUCUGCCUGAUAGCCAGGCGGAGUUCACGCUUCGCCGGCACUCGGUUCCUAAAGCGCGGAGCCAACUUCCAAGGCGAUGUGGCCAAUGAGGUGGAGACGGAGCAGAUCGUCAGCGACGGGCAGCGGAUGUGCGCGUUUACCCAGAUGCGCGGUUCCAUUCCAUCGCACUGGUCGCAGGACAUCAGCAAGAUGGUGCCAAAGCCGCAGAUCCAGCUGGACAUAUGCGAUCCCUACGCGCAGACGCCCUCCCUGCACUUCGAGCGCCUGCUCUUCCACUACGGAGCGCCGCUUAUAAUGCUUAAUCUGGUCAAGAAGCGAGAGAAACGCAAGCACGAGUCGAUCAUCUCCAAGGAGCUGGAGUACAGCAUUCGAUACCUGAACCAGUUCCUGCCGCCGCCGCACCGCAUGAAGCACAUUCACUUUGAUAUGGCGCGCCAGAGUCGCCUAAGCGGCGGCAAUGUCAUGGAGCAGCUGGCCAUUCACGCCGAGAGCAUUAUCCAGCAGACGGGAAUGUUUUUCAAGGCGCCUGCCACCGACCUAGGCCUCCAAACGGGCAUCGUGCGUACGAACUGUGUAGACUGCUUGGAUCGCACUAACUCGGCCCAGUUUGCAAUCGGAAAGUGCGCCUUGGGCCAUCAGCUGGAGCGUCUGGGAUUCGUAAAGUCCGCCAAGCUGGAGUUCGACUCGGAUUGCGUUACAAUGCUGGAAAAUCUUUACGAAGAGCACGGCGACACUCUGGCCCUACAGUACGGCGGAUCCCAGCUUGUGCACCGGAUCAAGACGUACCGCAAGACGGCUCCCUGGGGCUCCCAGGGCAGUGACGUGAUGCAGACCCUUAGUCGCUACUACAGCAACACGUUCAGCGAUACCGAGAAGCAGCACAGCAUUAACAUCUUUCUGGGGAUAUACAAGCCCAGCCUGACAAAGUUGGGCCCACCCAUCUGGGAGCUGCAAACGGACUACGACAUGCACAACGCCUUCGUGCCAAGAACGAAUAGCAAGCCACUCACCGAUUGGGUGCGUCACAAAGUGCGCGAGUGCUUACCCCACUCCUGUGCCGACUCCAACAAGCUGGUGAGGGAGCUGUUUCGCGUCCACAGCAGCGGUCUGGAGAUGAUUGAUGCGUACUCCAACUAUCAUCAGUCCUUCAAGUGGACCGACCUCAGCGAGCACAUUGCCUUCGAGAUUAGCCAGCUGGCCAUGCGCUACAUGCCCACAUUUCGCACGAACUACAGUCCUUUCCAGCGGCAGAUUCAGACGUCACGGAAAGCCCGUCAGAAUCCCUCAAUGACCGGCCAGAGUUCCACGGGUUCCAUGAACAGCAACUCGUCCAGCUCCAGUGAGGGCGACGACAGCUCAAGUGACGAGGAGCUGAGUGCCAGUUUUGCCGAGAAGGACGGAACCAAUCAGACGGAAUCGACUGAGCCGGCGGCCUUAACACUGGCCUCCACCCUGCCUACCAUGGAGGAGAUCUAUGGAUGCACUAUUAGACCGCCCUCCAAACAUAGCAUGUCUGUCUAUAAGAAGUACGUGCAAAUGGGAAAGCUGUCCAGUGGAGGAGCCCGUCCCGCCCAGACAGCCGUGGCCCAGCGUGACCAGGAGCUGGCCAAGAUCAUGCGGGGCAUUACUCUACGACCGCUUAGUGACUAUGGCACGGAUUCCUACCUAAGCGUUCAGCCGCCAAUUGUGUCGCGGGAGAGUCAGCUUGUUUAUGCAGAGUAUUGUCGCACUCGGAGUACCUUUAAUGCCGUGCCCAAGCUGGAGGAGUUCGAUGUGCUAUAUCAAUAUGUUCAAGCGCUGUAGGUUGGGUUUAAGGAAUGAAAGAAGUGGAUUGUUCUUGGUA